GAAACUUUUGCUUUGGCAUCGUGUAGUUUAUGUCGUGGUUAGGAAGCUGGGGAAAAAGAAAGAUUCAGGCUCACUCAAGUCGGAAGCAAUGGACCAGUGUGAGAAUAGUCUGGAUGGGAGUUUGUCGAAUGGCGAUAUGAACGACAUGUCGGAUGUGGAGAGUGAGGGGAUGGCGGACAGCGAUGAACUGGAGAGAUUAGAGGUGUCGAAAAUGGAUCCAGCACAUCGAGUGAUUUACGAAAAGUUAAAACAGCAAGAACAAGAGGAACGAGCGGAAAUAGAACGUGAAUUAAAAGCACAUAAAGACGCUAUUAACCGUGUGCACGGCGUGCCCCGAAAUGGCAGGGACAUUAAUGGGGAUUCGGAAAAGGAUUGCAUCAAUCCACCACAUGAACUCGAUUUGCGAACCUCGAACAAUAACCGUAUGAUCCACAAUCAAAUAAGAGAUUUACACUCGCCACCAAGGCGUGAGCGACCUGUGCUGUCACACCAUGACAUCAAACCGGAUCGUUUACCUUAUGAAAGUAUAGCCGUAGGACCUUUUUUUCCACACUCGGGCCCCGUGCCUGAUCGGUUCACGCGGUCGCCGGCAAUGAGCGAACCCCAGAUUGAUUCAGAUGGACACCAUUGGACCUUUGAGGAACAAUUUAAACAGUCACAAGCACAAAUAGAUCGUCACGCCCGAGAUAAAACCGUUGAUUGUCACAAAUCGUUGUACGAACUGACAGAUGAUCCCAAGAGGAAAGAGUUUCUCGAUGACCUCUUUGCCUAUAUGCAGAAGCGAGGCACACCCGUCAAUCGUAUCCCAAUAAUGGCGAAACAGACGUUAGACCUCUACGAAUUGUUCAGAUUAGUUGUGUCAAAAGGGGGCCUCGUUGAAGUGAUCAACCGUAAACUAUGGCGGGAAAUUACUAAAGGUCUCAACCUGCCAUCUUCAAUAACAAGCGCUGCAUUUACCCUCCGAACUCAGUAUAUGAAAUACCUCUACCCCUACGAGUGCGAAAAAUUGAAAUUAAGUAGUCCGCAGGAGCUGCAAGCGGCCAUUGAUGGGAACCGCCGGGAGGGCAGGCGGUCAGGCUACGGGUAUGACUUGUCUCCGGGGGCUCCUACCCUUGUCCCUCCUCCCGCACACCACCAUCCCCCACACCUCAACGGUGGAAUCCUCAAUGGCAAACUCCCACCUCUCAACUCUUUAUCAGACCAUUGGUUGAUUCCAGGUUCACCCAAUCUCGGUGAUGAAGAGAGUCUCCCGUCACCCACAUCCCGCCAUCGGAGCAUGAGUGAACGAGAUGCACUGGCGAUGGAGGCGGCAUCACGGGCAAUGGAAGAGGCCACAAGGAAGAUGGAGGCCGCAUCACGGGCAGCUAUGGAGGAGGGUGGACCACCACGAAAGAGACCAGCAUUGGGGGGCAGCAUCCAGGAGGAGGCAGAGAGACUCAUGGUUGGCGUUCACACUGGCAUGCCAAGCACGCAUUUAAAAAUUACAAGCCGAAGUAAGUACCAUGACGGUCGAUCAGAAAUAGACAAUUCGUUAGUUGUUUCGAUGGAGAUAAACGGCAUAAUGUACCAGGGAGUCCUUUUUGCUCUGCCGCCAAGAAGACUGUAAAAACUCACCCAAAGGAUUUUGGGAGCCAUAUCGUGCAAUGGACAAAAACAUAAAUCUCAGGUCCUCCACGGACAUUUUUUUCUGUUUUAUUUGACUUUUUACAUGCGAUUAUAGAUGCAUUAGAUUAAAGUGACAGGACUGUUGAAGAAUACGUCUCCUUAGGAUCACUUUGGUUACGAUGCAUUGACAGACUUAAUGGUUUAGUUUUUUUGAGUUCAUUCAUUAUUUUGUAUAUGUCUUUGGGAAAUACGGUAAUAAGUUGUGUUUUGCAACUCAGUUGGGAAAAUACGACCCAUCGAUACUAAGGGUCAAGUUUUAGAACCCUACAUAAAGGUGCAAUUUUUUAUGUGAAAUCCCUUGAUAGUAUUAAUUUCACUGAAAUUUUGAAAGUGACUUUCUAAUCGAUGACCAUUUCUAAAUCAACUCAUAAUUCCAGGUCAAAUCAGGACAUUUCAAAGUCACUUUGUGAUGAGGUUUCUCUAAAUGUCUACUGAGACAACCUGAAAUUCAUUUAUAUUCUAACAUGAUGCUUUUACUCUCUUGAUUUUGUUAUUGGUUAAAUAGGUUUCUGUCACGGAAUUUUCCAAAUUGUAGAGUAUAAACUCAGAGUGAAAUGACAAAAAGUAGAGCAACGAAUAUUCGUUCAAAUGUAGUAUAAAGCUUAGGGGCUGAGGGUCAACUCGAAUACUCUAGACUGUCAUCUUUUCAUGUUCAUUUGAACGAACAGCAUACAUAGAAGUUUUUUUUUAAACACUUAUAAUUCUCUGGUUGUCUUUAGUGUAAUAUCGUCUGGUAGCAAAAGGGUUAAAAUGAGCAGCUUAACCAACUUUGAGCAUAACAAAAAUUUCAUACUGUACAGCUUCACUUUUAUCUGAUAGGUCAUCAUUCAGGAUUUUGAGUUUGGAUAGUCUUGCUUUAAAUUAGUCAGCAAAGUGUUGGGUGUUCUCAUUAAGACAAAAAGUUGGGGUAAAGCCUAAACGCUACAACUGUAAAUAAGAAUUUACUAGAAUGAGUUAACAGGUACUUGAGCUAACGCUUAGCAUAUUUUUGUCGACCACCGAGUAAGCAACUGGGCCCAGUAUCACAAUAGCUGCGCUUACACCACAAAAUAUUGAUGGACCAAUUGCACGUACACCACCACAUUGCCGCGACAAAUUGGUUCGGCAAUCCAUUGCCGAUACAAAUUGCCGGGCGAAUUUGUCCCAUCAAGCUUGAUGGUCCAAAUUCGCCCGGCUUGUUAAAAGCUCGGCUUUUUCGUGGUGUACGCGCAAAUGGAUCGGCAAUUAGCUAGUUAGAUGGUUCGGCUCCAGGCGGCGCUUUCGAAAUGGCACUUUCUGCUUAUUGUUUGCGCGCCAUCUGUUGCCGGAUUUUAUACCCAGCUGCAGCGGUGGUGUUUAUAGCGCUAGGUGGAUUUUCGAUGGUGCGGCAUUGGUUCGCGAACCAAGAUUGGUGGUCCAUUUUCAGGUGGUGUACGUGCGGCUAUUGUGGUAUGUGGUCUGUUGUUUACACACAGUGUCUUCUGCUUGUAAUCACAUAUCUAACUCAGAAUAUUUUAUCUGACCUUCCAAAUUCUCCAAUCAUAUAUAAAGGUGUUAUCAUUAGCAGGGAAUGUGAUGGCACCAAAUUGUUGGUCCAUGAUUUGCCCUGCUGAGUCCAAAAGUACUGAUUCAAUAUAAAGUUCGUAUUCCUGCGACCAGUAGUGUUUUCAACUUGAACUUAGUGUGAUUUGAUUCGGAAAUGAAACCACUUGCUGGUCGGAUACAAUUUAUGAUGAUAUAACUCCAAUGUUGGACUUGUGAUCGAAAUUUUCCACAGACAUCAAGAACUCAUAAUCUGAAAGCUUCAAGGGUUAAAAUUCACACCUGUCAAUGAUUGUGCUUAUUACCACAUAAUGAGAAUGAAAUGAAAUGAGGAGAUUGAUUUGUGAAUGACCCUUGAGGUAUACGGAAUUCAAGUGAGUAUUUGAUACCAACAGCCAAGGAUCUCAAGGGUUUUGGUGCUACGAAGGAUGAAACCUUGGUUGAGGUCCUCCCUCCCCAUUUUUCAGCAAAAGUAGUUUAUUCGUGGAAAAUUGCGGUCUGAAUUUUAAAGAACAGUUUAUAUGUAUGUGUUGUUUUCUAUAUGAAGCCAAUGUGGUUAGAAAGUUUUUAAUUGAAGUAGUAAAGGGUUGAAAAACGAGCCUAUGUGCACAAAGUACUUGUACGUGUUAUUAAUUGUUCCCCCCCCCGACUUUUGUCGGGCGGCAUUAGGCGAUUACCCAUCAUGCAUAUGGUACAAUUGGUGAUAAAAAUUGUCAAGAGACAAGCUUUUCUCUUCAGCCAAAUAUAGCUCUCUAGUUCACACAUAUCAACCUUGAGAGUAAAAGGUCAAAGUAUUCAACCUUAUUUCAAAAAUGAUUUUGUUCUCUCUGUAGUCUGUAUACUACUAUGAUCUCUUGUUCCAACGAUUUAUCAUGUACAUGUACAUUAGAAGAUGUCUGGUAUUUUGUCACCUUGUUUAGUUUUGCAAUGCCCGUAUAGAUGGCAGUUUUGUUUUGAUAUCGAUAUUUUAAUAGUCUGAGCAAAUUAUAUCUACCUGUACUGAACACCACGUCAUGUAUAUAAAUAUAAUUAUAUUAAUGCUUGACCUCUUUUUUGGUUUAACCUACCUACAUGAAAAUUUUAUCAAGAAUGAAUAAAGUCCAAUAAAUUCUUUAUUGUCGAUAAGAGAUUAUUUGAGCUUAUUUAUUAUUUGAGAUUUAUUGGAACCUUGCAAAAGUAUUUCCAAAUGCAAAAUGAGAUGCACAUUGUCAACUACUUGUAGGUGGGGAUGCACACUCGCUAUGUAGGGUAUUGAUGUACAAUGACCUGUUCAGGAUGCACAAUGACUAGAAUGGGAUGCACAAUGACAAGGUCUAAUGCUAUUUACAUGCCUUUCACUACACUUGUACCAUGGAGGUAUAAAUAAGUAUAAAUAUAUAAGUAUAAAUAAAUAUUUAUACCUCCAUGAUGUGUACCAAGGAUUCAGAAAGACUUAGAAUGUGGAACAAAAGUACAGCUUCCUAUCUACGGUUCUAAACUCUGAUAUCAGGGCAUCUUGACAACUAAGGUUUUCCUUUUUAUGCCAAUAUUAUUCAAGAUUUUUUAUACCCCUCUAGUCUUAGACAUGCAAGUAAAAUUAGUCUUUUAUAAUUUUUACUUUUAUUAAAAUCCAUCCUAUUGGAAUUUAUCUCCAAUUACAACCUACUACGAUUCUUUUCAUUGAAUAUACUUUGAAGAUGAUGCCUGAAUGCUGGACUGGAGGCAUGAUGGCUGCUCAAGCCUUGGUCUUCCCCAGCCUGCCAUCCAGCUUGCCGAGCCGGCCUGUCCAGGGAAAGGAAACCGUUUUUCAAUAAUGAUGGAAGAGCUGUGUUGUUAGAGUCUUCCAUGGCAGGCUGCUCGGAAAGUUGGAAGGUCUGCCUUGAAUACACAAGAUUAAGAUUAGACUCUCGUUAAGCUGGGGAACUCAUUUUCCCAGGUGUAUGUGUCUUUUUCUUGUAAAAAUCAUACUCUGAUUUAUUCAAUUAUCCGAAAGUUUAUUAAGCAAUUUGUUUAAUUUUGACUAUGCACUUCCAUUGAAAUGAGUUCAUUCUUUUAUUGUCAGUGCCAUGAAUACUCAAUGUUGUAAAAUACUCAUCUUUGUGGUGUUAGUUGAGAUGUAUCUUUGCCGCUAAAAGUUGUACGUUAUUAUUUUUAUUCUGGUGUACAACUACAGCUAUUGUGCCAUAAAAUGUGUUUAAACAAUCUAUAGGCAACUCAUUCCCCUAAGAUGUUACUUAGUAACCCAUGUGUAAUUAUGUAGGGUCCAAUGAUAGACAUUUUGUUUGUGUGUGUUGCUUCUUUUGAUUUUAGGCUGUUCCUGAGAUAAAAGUGAGUUUUUUUACUAAUUAUAAUUCUCUCAUUAAAGUUAGUCAUUGAGGGUGCAUUGCAAGAUAUCUUAUUUGGGGCACCGGAAUUAUACAGAUCUUUAAAGGGGUAACGCCAAAGGAAGGAUGUCAGUUGUGACUUGGACUGUAGUCCUGGUCCUGCUAUGCAUUAGUACUACAGGACCGCCUAUUUGGCAGAGUACCUAUAUUCACUAGUUCCGGACGAAACAUGUCCCAUUAUAUUCAUUAUCACUAAUAUUUUGCAAAAUUGCAUAAUGUAUCUUCAAAGGGAUGUUGUUGGCCAGUUUAUUUAACAUGUGAAAGAAAAUUUAGGGGUCAAGGACUUAAAGUGUCCUCUAUGGGAAAAAGAAUGGUUCAGUACAUUGCCAAAAGGACGUGGAAUGUUAACGUUGCAAGUUUUCCAUCACCAUGGUUUCAUACCAACAUGAAUAUUCAAAAUACCAGGAUGAGAUGUGUUUUGAGGACUUUCAAACAUUAUUUUUGAUGCUGUAUCUAAAUGACCUGGCGGUCCAUCAUUUUGCAAUAAACUACAUAUGUGUAUGCUGUAUGAUGUUGCAAAUCUUGUAUUCUAAAAAUGUUGUAUCAUUUGUUUCAAAUAUGGAGCUGGGAAGGAUUUUCUAAUCACUAUGGGUGUAGGCAAGAAUAUAAUUAUUGGUGCCGGCAUUAACGAGUUUAUCUGAGAUGCCUGUGACUUUAUUAUGACAGAUUGCACUUAAAUCACAUAUUGUAGAUUUCAAAAAGUUGUCUUACGUAUUGUAAAUGGAAUUUUAGAUGUAUGUAGUUGUGCAUAUUUGUCACUUAUGAAGUUGAGAGAUACAUUUAAAACCUAAGAAGCUAAAAGAAUAGAUAAGGUGCAAGUUCAUGAGAACUCAGGGAGGGUUUGGAUGUUUGGGGAUCUGUAGCUUAAAUCAAAAAAAGUAAACACUUUAACCCCUCUCGCUGCUGCGGCCGGGGUGUAGCGGAUUCGUACACUGCGCACUACCGGCCCGCACUAAUCUCAACUGCUGAAUUGUCCCUCAGUCUAUCAAUCAUUCAGCAUGGUCUGUAUUAUUAUUCAAACUGCUUUGUAAACAUAGAAAAGUUAAUGGUACAGCCACUCUAAACAAAAUUUGCCAAAAUAUUCACAGCCAUUUAUUUUGUGGUUGUAAAUUUUGCGUAAUUUUUAUUUAGUGUUAAUACAUCCAGCCCUAUAACAGUGAUUUUGAUGUGAUUUUCUAUUUCAUGGCCAUAUAUUUUCCUGAUUAUCUGCAAACGUGAAAAAUUUGAAAAUAAAAUGCCCUUGAAUAAUUCCGGUAGUACAGUGGAACCUCCCUAAGCGGACACCUCUCUAAAGGGUGUCCUUAAUAGAGAGCUUCUACUGUACUUGUCACAGGUCAGGUGCCUGGAUGAUUUUAUCACUAGCAAAGACUCCUGAUGAUGACAGCAGUUUUUUUUUAACUGCCUGGUUUAUUUAAUGAGAUUAACUGUUAAGGCCCGAUUCAACUGGUGUCUUGGGUUGAUAUCCCACUGUGGGAAAGUGUCCAAGUGGAAUCGGUUAUUUAGGAACUUUUUAAUAUGAUGUAUUAUAAUUCAACUACUACAGUAACUAUAAAGUAAUCAAAAGUUCAUUUGUAAAUGUUUUAGCCACCUCAUCUUGUAAUCAGGAGCACAAACUAUACUGGUUUGAUCUGCAUUAUGACCUAUCCAGGUCCCCCCUCCUCCCCCCAAAUUAGCAAAAAAAAUUAAAAAAACAUUUGUACUGACAACGCUUUACCCGAAAAAUUGGUUUCGUAGCUAUAUGUAGGGUCAUUUUAAAUCCUAACUUCAGAGAAUCCAACUGUUAAUUUACGCUCCAGAGACCAAAAUGAUGUGGACAGAACAUUUACGAAAAAUGGACUAUUAGAUGGCAUUAUGCUACUACUUAUUUUAUUUGCAAACUCUUGAAUAUAUACUGUAUUGUUAAUUUUGUGAUGAUGUUGAUCUUCGCCAGAUUGACAUAAAUCUUGGGUCACAUGCCCUGUACCAAACCCUUGUCCAAGCAUAAAUCUAUACUCGCUUUAUCCAGUCUAUUGUAAGAUUAUUUUGGGCCAUACUCAGUUACUUGUACUCAACACCGAGCUAAAUUAUUGCAAUCUUGUUUGAAAAAGCCUUCAUAUUUUGAAGAAAUGUCUCACGAAACCAAAAGUUCAUCAUUUGGAAAAAAUGACAUGCUGUUGGCUUCAAACAUCACAGCCCUGCAGGUCUGGUAGACUUGUGCUGGUUUUAUUGCCAGCUCCUCAGCCAUAAAAUUUCCAGUCACAUCAGUCCCUUAAUAGAGACUGACAACUGCAAUCCUUUAAUAUAGAGGUGUCCUCAUGGUGAUUAUAGUUGAAAAAAAACCAAAGCACAUAUUCCCUUGACAACUUAACUAGAACUUCCAUAACACAUUCUUAUAUACAUUAUUUGACGUAUUCAUUUAAUUUUCAACAAGGCAUUUUGGAAUUUGAAUACAUGUACUUGCGAUUCCCUAUCAUGGUGUGGUCAUUUUAUACCUUCUGUAUUUUUGUCACUAUAUCCCUCAGUCAUUGUACAGUGGAAGUUGCAGUUCUUGCUCUUUAAGUCAAGUCAUGUGUCAUGUCCUACAUGUAAAUAUGUUCACCAAUUUAAUGACUAUAUAAUGUGCACAAAUUAUUGAAUUUAAGGUCUGUGUCUGUAUUUAUUUUAAUGAUUAGUACAGAAUCACAGAAAUAAAAAGAU